GUUGAUAUCCGCCAGAGCGCUCCUGAGCGGCGAGCUUGCAAGUUUCGCUUCAGCCGUCCAGUGUUAAGUGCGUGCCCAUCGUGUGUGCUUGGGGAGGUCUCAAAACUGCAAAAAAUUGGUUUAAAAACUGCAAAAAUUUGGAUAUUGCCCUGUUUGUCGUGCCCUCUCACUCUAUCUGGUGCGGGUCCCGUCUUUAUCUUUCACUCUACACUGACAACAUGUCGUCCGGGAAACUUCUCACACCGGAUGGAGCCGGAAGCACACUGUUACCACCCUCCAAAUUAGCACCGACUAGCACGUUCAGCGCGCUGCUCUCCACAGCAGUGGGACUCCUGUUCGUAUCUCUGCUGCUCUACAAAUGGCGCCGAAGAAGGCUGGAGAAGUUGGCAGCACUGAUGCCUGGACCUCCCGCCCUCCCGCUCAUUGGCAACGGGCUCGAGUUUAUUGGCAGCACUGAGGAUGUGAUGGGAAAAAUCAUUUCAAUUUCUUCGUCAUACGAGUCUCCGUUUCGUGUGUGGAUCGGUCCAUUACUUAUAGUGGUGCUCAAAAAUCCUGAGGAUAUACAGAUAGUGCUCAAUAGCUCCAAGACUCUGGGGAAGGAUCCGCUCUACAGGUUCUUCAGAAAUACUGUCGGCACUGGUCUAUUCUCUGCACCAGUUGAUAAAUGGAAGAAAAACCGCAGAGCUAUCACGCCUGCUUUCAACAAUAAACUGUUGGAACAAUUUGUGCCAGUUUUCAACCAGCAGAACAAACUCCUGGUGGAGAAGUUGGCGCCCCAUCUGAACAAAGCGGAUCAAUUUGACUUGUUCGACCUGAUCAGUCCUGCCACUCUCGAUAUUAUCUGCCAGACUGCUCUGGGAAUUGAUGUCAAGGCACAAGACAAUCCUGAAUGUGAAUUCGCUCAAGCGCUCUACAGAGCUUCCGAGCUGGACUACAUGAGAAUCUAUAAGCCAUGGCUGCAUACAGACUUUGUCUUCUACAACAUCAGUUACGGAAAGGAACUCACCAAGAUCUACAAACAGCUUCAUGAGAUGCCAAACAUGGUCAUCAAGAAGAAGCGUGAAGAAUAUGAGAAGAAGAAAGAGACAGAGAGAUUGAUUGCUGAAGGAAAGAUACCAGAGCCUGUAGAAGAGGAACAAGAGCCACAAAGAUUGAAGGUGUUCCUGGACAUUUUGUUCGAGCUGAUUGACUCGGGAACGAAUUUCACAAACGACGAUCUGAGAGAUGAAGUUGUUACCAUGAUGGUCGGGGGAAGUGAAACCAGUGCUCUCACAAACUGCUUCUGUUUACUCAUGCUUGCCAUGCACCCAGAAAUCCAGGACCGAGUAUACAACGAGAUCUACUCGAUCUUCGGAGACACAGAUAGAGAGGUGACUAUGGACGACCUGAACAAUCUGGUCUACUUGGAGCAGGUGAUCAAGGAGUCCUUGAGGAGGUUCCCCGUUGGACCCAUCUUCCUCAGGGAGGUCAAAGAGGACAUUGACCUCACUUCGUACACACUUCCAGCCGGUUGUACAGUGGCCCUAUGUCCGGUUGCAAUGCACAUGCGCGAAGACAUCUACGAAAAUCCGGAGAAAUACGACCCCGAGAGGUUUACAGCCGAUAACAUUGCCAAACGCCACAAGUACAGUUUCAUCCCUUUCAGUGGUGGCCCCAGAGGGUGUAUAGGAGCGAAAUACGCUAUGCUGUCUAUGAAAACGACCGUAUCAACUGUACUCCGAAGCUACAGUGUGCACACCACUAUCAAGAUGGAGGAUAUAAAGCUGAAGGUGGACCUUCUGAUGCGAUCGGCUAUCGGCUACCCCGUCACACUCAAGCCGAGAACACGCAAACCUAUUCCGGUCUCAACCAGUGCCAACUAGGCCGAAAAAUGCGGAACUGUAAACAAAAAAUGUCAAAAAGACAUAAACUUCGACAGAUACAAACAUUUUUUGAAAAAUUCCAAAAAAUGUAAACCCAUUCCGGGCUCUCAGGAUGCUAAAUAGGUCGAAAAAUGUCAAAAAAGAUAUUAAAAUCGAAAGCUGUAAACUUUUUUUGAAAAAAACUUCUGAAAAUGUGAACCAAUUCCGGGCUUCCAGGAUGCUAAAUAGACCGGAAAAUGCAGAACUAUAAUCAGAAAAUGUCAAGGAGACAUAAAAUUCGAAAGCUGUAAACAUUUUUUGAAAAAGUACUGAAGAUAUUAGAGAAAAUUUUAACUCUUUCCGGCCUCACAGGAUACCAACUAGGUCGAAAAGAGCAGGAUAUUGUUCAAAAGACAUAAAAUUUAAAAGCUGUGAACAGUUUUUUAACAAAAUCAAAAUUAAUGUCAGCACAAUUUGGUCUCAAAGGCUGCCACAUAGGGAAAACUGCAUUGCAAUACUCGAGUAAAUGGUACCAUGUUUGAGACAAUUACAUUAAAUUUGUUAAUUAUUAGUAGGUACGGUAAACAUCUGGGGCCAAAGGUGUAACUUUCGUUAAAUUUUUUCGCCCGAUGAUGGCAAUUUCCCCGAGGGAGAAAAUGCACUUUUGUCCCUUGAUGAAUACAACAAUUUUCCUUAUCCAACUUUGGAAUAUUGAUUUUAUAUGAAAUGGUCUUGCCUGUUGCAUCCAUGAGAUGUAGGCCUGUAUUUUUCUACUUAAUAAAUAAGUAGAUGCAACUGAAAAUCGGGUUAAGAGCUACAUAAAAUAAUUCGCGUAAUCUGUAUGUCGACUAAUUUUAUCUCUCUAUUGAACAUUUGGAUGGAUAAAAAUCUAAUAAGGCAAUUUCAAGUCUAGUAUGGUCACUGUAAGGUAAUCCUUCAUAGAAAACAUAGGUACAUAUUUACAGUGAGAAUAAAACUCCAAAAUUGAGAGUGAUCUUCUAAAAUUGGUGAAUUGUAUUCCACCCAUGACAUUCCUCUCAUAAAUCUCUCUCUCCAACCUAUGAGAUAGAUAGAUUCCAAUUUACCUUAGCCCAUAUCUGUUUUAUUUAUUAUUGUCUAUUGUAUUUGUUUUACGUGUGCAAUUUAUUGUUUCUUCAAUGUGAAUUGUGACAUGGUUGUAACUUCUAUGUUCAACUGACCCAAUAAAAACUUGAAACUUGAAACAGGUACAAUGCCUUCUGUUAGCAUUCUAUUAGCUAGUAUAAAGCAAUAUUUUCUAGAGAACCGUUGUAAUUUUCAAAAUUGAAGACAUUUUUAAUAUCAUACAGUUUGAAUAAGUUUUAAAUAUAUAAUGAGUGAAUCCAAUGAUAGUGUAUUGCAGUAAAUAUCUACUAUCAAUAAUUAUUUCAUGAUAUCUUUACAAAUGAAUAAA